AUGUCGUGGAAGCUCACCAAGAAGCUCAAGGAGACCCAUCUAGGGCCGCUGAGUGCCUUCUCCCGAUCCCCCUCCACCUCGACCAUCACAGAGAAGGACGACAAGGCACAACAAAUCACGUCCGGCGCGACGACGCCGACGACAGAGAGCGCCAUCGCUGCCUCGGAAGCAAUGGCCCAAGCUCCUGUUGUCAAACCGCCCAAACCCGGCAUCCUCGUCGUCACCCUGCACGAGGGCCACGGCUUCUCUCUCCCCGAGCAGCACCGAAACGCAUUCGUAUCGCAGCAUCAGGGCUCUCUCUCGUCGAGCAACGCCGCCAGCGUUUCCGGCUCAGUACAACCCAGCUCAUCCCAGCGAGCGGCCGGUUCCUACGUGAACGGCUCCAACCGACCACACUCUUCCGCCGGCGGCUUCGGACCCAUUCCGACGAAUCACGGCCGCAUCUCCGGCAAGUACAUGCCUUACGCCCUGUUGGAUUUCGACAAGGUCCAGGUCUUCGUCAACUCGGUGGACGGCAACCCGGAGAAUCCGCUGUGGGCCGGCGGCAACACGCAGUACAAGUUUGACGUGUCCCGGGUGACGGAGCUCGUCAUUCACCUGUACAUGCGGAAUCCGGCGGCCCCUCCCGGCUCGGGACGGAGUCAGGACAUCUUCCUGGGCGUGGCCCGCAUCAACCCGCGGUUCGAGGAGCGGCAGCCUUUCGUCGAGGAUCCAAAGGCCAGCAAGAAGGACCGAGAGAAGGCGGCGGCCGAGCACGCGCAGCGGCAAAAGACGGACGGCCAGCAAGGCGUCGAGUGGGUGGAUGUGCAGUACGGAAGUGGCAAGAUCAAGAUCGGCGUCGAGUACGUCGAGACGCGAGCGGGCAAACUCAAGAUUGAGGACUUUGAGCUGCUCAAGGUCGUCGGCAAGGGCAGCUUCGGCAAGGUGAUGCAGGUGCGCAAAAAGGACACGAACCGAAUCUACGCGCUCAAGACGAUCCGGAAGGCGCACAUCAUCUCCCGAUCCGAGGUGGCCCACACGUUGGCGGAGCGAUCGGUGCUGGCGCAGAUCAACAAUCCCUUCAUUGUGCCGCUCAAGUUCAGCUUCCAGUCGCCCGAGAAGCUGUACUUUGUACUCGCCUUCGUCAACGGCGGCGAGCUCUUCCAUCACCUGCAGAAGGAACACCGCUUCGACGUCAACCGGUCGAGAUUCUACACGGCGGAGCUGCUGUGCGCGCUCGAGUGCCUGCACGGCUUCAGCGUCAUCUACCGCGACCUCAAGCCGGAGAACAUCCUGCUCGACUACCAGGGCCACAUCGCGCUCUGUGAUUUCGGCCUGUGCAAGCUCGACAUGAAGGACGAGGACCGGACGAAUACGUUUUGCGGCACGCCAGAGUACCUGGCGCCCGAGCUGCUCAUGGGCAAGGGCUACAAGAAGACGGUCGACUGGUGGACCCUGGGCGUGCUGCUGUACGAGAUGCUGACGGGGCUGCCGCCCUUUUACGACGAGAACACCAACGAGAUGUACCGCAAGAUUCUGUCGGAGCCGCUGCACUUUUCGGACGUCGUGCCGCCGGCCGCCAAGGACCUGCUGGGGAAGCUGCUGAACCGCAACCCCGACGAGCGGCUCGGCGCCAACGGAUCGGCCGAGAUCAAGGCGCAUCCCUUCUUCCACGCCAUCGACUGGCGCAAACUGCUGCAGCGCAAGUACGAGCCGACGUUUAAGCCCAGCGUGGUCGACGCCAUGGACACGGGCAACUUUGAUCCCGAGUUCACAUCGGAGGCGCCCCAGGACUCGUACGUGGACGGCCCUAUGCUGUCGGAGACGAUGCAGAAUCAAUUUCAGGGAUUCAGCUACAACCGGCCGAUUGCAGGACUGGGAGACGCGGGCGGCAGCGUGAAGGACCCGUCGUUUGUGGGCAGCAUGCAGGACAAGCGGUAA